ACAAUUUUCGUUUCCUGUCAUCUGUCAUAUCUACAAGACAGAACCAUGUGAAACUCUUGUUUGUGUGUGUCCCAUGCUUCCAAUGGUUCCAAGUUUGUUUUCAGUCUUUCAUGAAUCUAUUUAUACAUCCAGAGAGAGAGCCAACUCUUCAAAUCACCAAGUAGCAAAAGCAAUACAAACCUUGAAUCUGAGCAUCUAAACUGUUCUAAGAAGCUUCAGAUUUCAAUUUUUCCAGACACAAGAAAUGGCUUUGCUCAGAGGUCUCUUGGGUGCAAAGAAGAUUAUUAACUUUUCUGUAGCGGCUACAAGCAAAAGGACAGUUUCAGUGCCAAAGGGGUUUCUUGCGGUGUACGUUGGUGAAGACCAGGUGCAGAAGAAGAGAUAUUUGGUGCCUAUCUCAUAUUUAAACCAUCCUUCUUUUCAAGCUCUUCUUGGUAAAUCGGAGGAAGAGUUUGGAUUUGAUCAUCCAAUGGGUGGCUUAACGAUUCCUUGUCCUGAAGAUACCUUCAUCAAUGCGACUUCCCAGCUUCAGUGAUGAUGAAGAAGAAAAAAACUGACAUUAGUUUAGCCUGAGUUAGAGAGAAAAUUAGUCAAUGUAUCUAUGUUAACGUUUUUCAUCACUCUUUGUGAAAUAGAGUUAUUCAAGAGGCUACAAAAUGCAAAUGUGUAUGUCAUAGUUCCGUGUAAAAACAAUGGUUUCAAUUA